ACAGGGAAAACUAGACAUCAUUUCAAAGCAUAAAAAGGCAAAGUAAAGAGAAGGUAAAGGGAGGAUUUGAUUAGAAACUAGGAGUGAUUAACAAGGAUCUUUUGGCAUUGCCAAUAUUGAUGUCUACACAGAUACCAGUGUUGGAGCAGCAGCAACAACAGUCUCAAAUGAUGCGCUUGAAGACUUCAGGAGUCCUGAAUUACAGUGGAAGUCCACUGAAUGAUGACAAAGAGGAGGAGAUGACAAAGUCUGCCUUGUCUGCAUUUCGCGCAAAGGAAGAAGAGAUUGAGCGGAAGAAAGCUGAGGUCAGGGAGAGAGUUCAGGCUCAGUUGGGCCGUGUUGAAGAGGAAACCAAGAAAUUGGCUGAAAUUCGCGAGGAGCUUGAAGCUCUUGCCGAUCCAAUGAGAAAGGAAGUAGCGCUAAUUCGAAAGAAGGUUGAUCUGCUUAAUCGAGAGUUGAAGCCACUUGGACAAACUUGCCAGAGAAAGGAAAAAGAAUACAAAGAGUGCCUUGAUGCUUUCAAUGAGAAGAGUAGGGAAAAGACUCAGCUGGUUAGCAAACUGAUGGAGUUGGUUAGCGAAAGUGAAAAGCUGAGGAUGAAGAAACUGGAGGAGCUGAGCAAGAGCAUAAAUUCCCUGCAUUAAAAAUUGUGCUAAUAUUACAAGCAAGAUUCCUCUCUGCAGCCUACUUGUGACUCUGCUCUUGGAUUUUUGGUUUAUAGAUUGUGGUCUUAUCUAUGUCUUUCAUUUGUUCUCUAAAAUGGGUGGUGCUUUUUUUUUUGUUUUGUUCCUUUUCCUUUUGGGCUGCUGCUUAACUUUUUCUUUUUAACAUUGAAUUACUCUUAGUCCCCUACAUGUGUUGUUGUGAAAUGCAAAACAAUGACAUGGGACUCCGCUUUGCUUUCUCUGUAAAUGUGAGAUGUCUUCUGUCAUUCUAAA